AUGCGUAAGUGUAAGGUUUUCGUGGGUUCAUCGCACCCUGAAUUAGGUAAACUAGUUUGUGAUCGGUUAGGAGUGGAACCAGCUCCAUGUACAUUGAAAAAAUUUUCCAAUGGGGAGACUUCGGUUCAAAUUGGAGUGUCAAUUAGAGACGAAGAUGUUUACAUUAUUCAGUCGGGAUCGCCGCAAAUUAACGAUCAUAUAAUGGAAUUGUUGAUUCUUAUUUCGGCUUGUCGUGGAGGUUCUGCCUCCAAGAUUACGGCGGUGAUUCCCCAGUUCCCAUACUCAAAACAAUCUAAGAUGAAAAAGCACAGAGGUGCCAUAACAGCUAGGAUGUUGGCCAACUUAUUGAUAAUGGCUGGUGCAGAUCAUGUUGUGUCAAUGGACUUACACGCUUCACAAAUGCAAGGUUUUUUUACUAAACCCGUCGACAAUUUGUUUGGUGCUCCAACUUUAGCCAGGUGGAUUCGUCAUAAUAUUUCUGACUGGGCAAAUGCUGUUGUCGUUUCCAAAAACCCGGGUGGUACCAAAAGAGUUACUGCCUUAGCUGAUUCGUUGAAAAUCAAUUUUGCUAUGAUUCACACGGAUCGUCGUCGUACCAAGGAUGGAUAUGUUUCAAAAAACAAAAAGGCAUUGAAGACCUCGAAACCAGUUCGUGUCCAAGGCAUUGACGAAGAUGAAGAAGAAGAUAACAUAGUAUCAGAAAUGCAAACUGCUAGAAUAGUUCAAGGCCAUGUUGUUGAUGACGACUAUCCAGUUCCACAAACCCCAAUUACCAACGGUAUUGCACAUGAUAAUCUUGAAACAGCUUCCAUUAUCGACAGCGAUGCUUUGGGAGGCUCUUACGAUGCUACUAACAGUGACGACGAUGAUGAACCUACAUCAAUGAACCUAGAAAAAUUAAUCACCUUAGUUGGUGAUGUUAAUAAUAAAGUGGCAAUUAUACUAGACGAUAUGAUUGAUAAGCCGAAUUCGUUUAUUGCAGCUGCUGAACACUUGAGAUUGAAUUGCGGCGCCAAGGCUGUUUACGUUGUUGGUACCCACGGUGUUUUCAGUGAUAAAUGCUUAGAAACAUUAAAUGAUUCAGAUUGUAUUGACAAAAUAGUGGUCACCAAUACUUACCCAAUCGGAAACGAAAGAAUCCAGAAGAAUGAAAAAUUAUCUGUCAUUGAUGUAUCCCCUAUUUUCGCUGAAUGUAUCAGAAGAGACCAUUUCGGUGAAUCAAUUUCAGUUUUGUUUGACUCAUUAGCUGCCAUUGAAUGA